AUGGCGAAGAGCACUUGCUCAAAUCAUCACAAUCAUCAUCACCAUCACCACUUGGAGACCAUUUCCGGUUGGCAGUACUGUCGCUCGGGCGAGUACGCGUGCACGUCUGUGUUUGGGCUCGUUGUCCUCAUUGACCGCUUGCCGCUCACACACGACCACGACCACGAGCGCUUCCCCUCGGUGGCUGCGACAGCGACGACAGCAGGGAUGGAUGCGCAACACGAACAGCGUGCAUCAACGAGCUCUGCCACGCCCCACAGCAACACCGCUCACAGCACCAGUUCCAGCAGCAGCACCAGCACGAGUGCUGCUUCUGCUGGUGCCAGUCGUGGUGUUGGCGAUGGGACAACGAGCCACGGCGUGGCUGGUUUCAACCGCACUCAUGUGUACGACACUGAGCGUGGUGGCCACGGUGAUGGACGUGCGGAUGUGUUUGGCGGUUUGAAUGACUCUUCCACGGCGUAGCAGUUGGCAUUUGCAUGCGUUGGCUGCUUUGGUCGCUUUGCUUGCUUUGUAUUGGCGCGCGCGCGUGUGUGUGUUUAACUUGUGUUUGGUUUGCACCACGAGUGUGUGUGUGUGUGUGAUUCGUAUUUGGUUUGCAGCAUGAGUUUGCGUGCAUGCGUGUGUGGUGUGUGCGUGUGCGUGUGUGUGACCCGUGUUUGGUCUACACCGUGCGUUUGUUGUUGCUAGGAUGCACCAUGCGUGUUUUGCGGGAUAUGGGAUGGUGAUGGCCAGGAGCAAAUACAACUGUAUGCAAGAGUGA